UUUAUAGGAAAAAAUGUUUUCAGCUGAAAAAUAUGAAGAGCUUUUAAUAAAAGCUGUUGAAAGUAAUGAUGUAAUUAGUUUUAAAGAUGCAUUUGUAAAGCUAACACAAGCACCAAAAAAUGUUGCAAACCUAUUGCCUUCAAGUUUACUAAUAAAAAGCGCUGAAGCUGCAAUUAAAUUUAAAAAGUUAGAUGAUGCAGAAUGGUGCAUUAAAGAAUAUUUUUUGACAACACAAUCAAAAGAUGAGUUUUUUUGCAGAGCAUACUUAUGUCAAUCACAGCUAUAUAUUCCGAAUACUUGUAAAGAUGUGAAAAGUUUUGAGUUAUCAGUGGGUUGUCUUUUAACAGCAAUUCAAAAUGCAAAGAUACAUGAAAGCUUUUACUAUCUGGUGUAUAAUGCCUCAGUUUUAUUCUGGUCAUUUUCUCGUCCAUUUAUGAUAGUUGGUUAUCGACACCUUAUCAUUGAUAGCUUAGAGUUUAUAAUAUCAUCUUUGAAUGAAAUUAAUGAUACUGAUUUUGAAUGGAGAUCUGAUCUUUUAAUACUUUUACUGGAAUGUAUAGCAGAAGUUGGAUCAAAGGAGGAGCUGGUUUCUAUGGGAAUUUCAACAUUGCAGUUUAUUAAACAACAUAUGUUAAAUAAUUCCAAAGAUGUUCUUAAAAUUUUGUUUGAUAAUGUACUUGACCAAUCAAAUGUUAAUGAUAGUAUGUCUGAUCAAUCAAAGAUUAGCGAUAUUAUAAACUAUUCACAAGAGCUUAAACUUUAUUGGAAACUAUUGUGCAUAAAAAGAAAUUCUGAUAUGGUUUUGAAAUAUGCAGAAAUGAAAGGUAUUUUUGCUUGUAUAACAAACCAUGUUGAAUUCAAACUUGACAGUCAGAGAGAUCCUUUGAUUUCUAUAUCAUCUGAUGGUCUUACAAAAUUUCAAAGGGCUGAACUUCUUACAGACUUAACGAGAUUGAGUAUUGAUGCAAAUUGUCGUGAUAUAAGUGAAAAAUGUAUCAAAGAACUUUCUAAACUUGCUUUAAUUGGUUCUGCACAUCAACUCAGUUUGAAGAUUUUGAAAAUUGAGCUUAAAAUUAGUAUGAUUAAAGGAGAUAUUUACACAAAAUCCAAUAUUAAAGUUCGUCUUGAUGUAAUUGAGGAAUUAGUGGAACACAUAACCUCUGGAUUUCAAAUAAAUGAUGAAAGUAUGAUUCAAGUUGGGUGUGUCACAUUGUGGAAUACUUGUUUGCCAUUGUUGCAAAAUAACUUACGUCAUCACAUAUAUAAACCAUUGAAAAUAGCUUCUCAAAAAUUAGAAGAAAUUGAUAGUCUUUUAGUUUUGACAAGAAUUCAAAUGCAUAUUGAGUUAGCAAAAUCUGAAUCAGAACAAUUGCAAAAGGAGGCAGCAAUGUCUCAACUUUUAAAGGCUUCUGUCCUUGAUGUUGAACAUGUUUAUGAAAGUCAAAUUGAUCAUCUUAAGCAAAGAUUGGAUGUUUCCAUAUUUUUAUAUCAACAGCCAGUUAGUCUGGAAGAUCAAGCAGCUUCAAUUAUUGAAAAGGCCACUUCAAUAAAUGUUAAGAAUCCAACAAGAAUGAGUGCUUAUCUUAAGAAAGCUGGUUGUUUAUUAUCUCCUGAUUUGUUCAAUUUAGUAAUUGAAGGUGAAAAAGCCUUGAUUAAUACAGAAAAGAAGUCUCCUAAAUUUUUUUCAGAAAAAAUUGAAAAGUAUAAACAAGGAAUUAUGGCUGUUGAUGAACAUUUUCAGAAGAUAGAUGUUGAUUCCAUUAGUAUAAAGAGAACAUACUUAUGGUCUGAUUUAGUUAAAAUUGCUAGAAAGCAAGGAUUAUGGGAUAUUACUCGUGCGUCAUCUACUUUUUUCUUUUUUUGUUACAACAAAAUCUUUGAUGCAAAUGAGAGAUCUCAGGAUGUUAAACCAAAAAAUGCAUUAAAGAGAUUAGCAUCAGAAAUACAUUAUAUCUAUGCAGAAUGCCUUGUGCAACUUUUAAAGUAUGAAGGAACUGAACUUUUGGAGAUACCAACUGCUUCAAAGUAUAAAGAAGUAGAACUUCUGCAGAUGCCACACUCUCCAGUAAGAGAAGAGAUUUUGUUUGUACAAGCACAACCUGUGCAGGUAUCACCUAUACUAAAUAGUACUUUACUUGGAUAUGAUGAAAAUAAAACAAGUAUGACUGAUAAAUGUAAUGUAGAUAAUCAAUGGUCUGCUUAUUGCAAGUGGUUGAUAGAAGUUUCAGAAAAUGCAUUACAACAUUUUCUUCAUUCUGCAGACAUUGGUGUUCAGUUAAAGGAAGAUUGGAUAGUGAACAAUGCUGCUGUUUAUAUUUGGAACUAUACAAUCCAUUUAAUAUCAAAAGGACAAUUCUCAAAGCUAACAAAAUAUUUUAAACCUAUUUUUUUUGCUAUGCAAACAAUUGCCAAAACAGCAAAACCAAACCAAGCAAUACUAUGCAGUUUAGGUAAUGCAUUAGCACAAGGUCUAAUCCAAACUUAUAUUAAUUCUUCAAUAGAUUCAUCUAAAAAUGAUGAAAAGUUAGCCAACAAUAAGAAAGUUAAAAAGAAAUCUCCUACAAAAAUAAAAAAGUUAGAUGUAAAGGAUGACAUGCCAGAUUUAACUGAAGCAAGCAGUAUCUUAGAAAAUACACUAAAAUAUACUUCUCAGCACAUUGUACCUCUUGCAUCUCGUAUUGAGCUUCUCAAGACAUGGGUGCUAUGUAAAGGCUUGAUGAAUCAAUCCAAAAAUUAUUUAAAUUUUGAAAAAGUUGAAGAUGUUGAAGUUGUUUUAUGCCAUCUUGAAGCUAUGAUACUUCAUCAAAACAAAGUAGUUAACUAUUCACCAACUACUUCUGUAAAUGAGGUAAUUGAUCUUGCGAAAAGUAUAAAGUGUAAUGAUUUUAUAAUAUUACUUGAAAUAUGGGUGAAACUUGCACAUCUGUCAUUCAGCAAUGAAAAUACUGAGAAAGCUAUUGAGUGCUGCAACUGUGCUCUCGAGUUAAAAACUCCUGACAGUAAAAUAAAAACACAAAAACAAAAAUUGAAAAAUGAGAAAAUGUUAAACAGAAGUUAUCAGCUACUUCACUAUGCCAACAUUAUUAAAGGUCAAUGUUACACAUCCAACAUAAACAGAUGGUUUGAUACUUUCAACUAUGCUCUUCCUUGUUUUGUUGAUGCUUGCAUGCAUGCUAAAAAUGGUAGUUUAUCAAACUUAGCUAUGAAUGCAUCUAAACAUUAUUGGAAUGCAAUUCAACCUUUCCUUGAUUCAACUGUUAAAAUAAAAGUAUUACAAAGCAGCUUAAAAAACUUAUUGGAUGUUAUUGCAUUUGUUUUAAACAUGAACAUAGAAGGAGUUAAAGAAACUCAGUAUGCAGAGAAAGGCAAAAAAACUAUUAUGAAUGAGGAAGAUUCAAAGUUAGUUGUAGCAUUACAUGAUGUUCUGUUUCGAAGUUAUUCUGAUCAGAAAGAGUUUGAAGAUGGUGUUAAGAUGAUUGAAAAUUUGUUAAAAGUUAUUAAAUUUUCUCAACAUCAAACUAUGCUUCUAAAACAUAAAAUUAUAUUUUUGGUGCGAUUAAACAAGUCUAUUGAAUCUGAUAUGACAAAGUUUUAUAAACCAAGUGAUGAGUUUUUGUCAAAUAUUUGGUUUGAGGUGGCCACAUAUUCUGUUAAUUGUAUAGAUAAACUUUUAGCUUAUAAAAAUUCUGUGAAUGUUUUAUCAAAUAAUAAUGUUUAUAAAAAAGUAUGUAGACUAAUGGAUUUAGCAAGUUUUUUGUAUACAAAUAAUUAUCCUUUUGAAACUACGAUGGAAUGCCUUACUCAUGCAAUGAGCUUCUUAUUAUUAAAAAAGUUAACACCAAUUGAUUUGUCUACUUUAUUGGAACUUAAUGGGAAAAUAGUGAAAACUAUAGAAGAAACAACAACUUUAAUCUGUUUGUUGUUAAUGGUUGCAGAUAUAAGUACCUUUAAUUCAAACACAUUUAUAGAAUGUGUGAACAGUGCUUUGUUUUUAGUAAAACAAUUGUGGAAGAUAUCUUAUAUAAAUGUUGAAAAAUGUAUGCACAUUGGAUGUUUACCUGGUGAAAAACUUAACCCAGAAAAAAAAGAAAUUUUAUCUAAUACUGAAAUUGAUCCUAUCUCAUUUUGUACGACUAUUAAGGAAGUUAGUAUUUACAAACUACCUGAAAAACAUUUACAAUAUUAUAAAGCUGAUUGCAAUGGUUUGUUUAUCAGCAAUAAUUCAAUUACUAAACCAAUGCAAUUCUUCCUAUACAUGGAGAAGUUGGUCAACUAUCUUGAGAUUAACAGUUUAACACAUCUAACUGCACAUGUUUUACUGGUGAUGGGUUAUUUAUCAGAAGAAAUUUUAAAGAAUCAAAUUUUAGUAACGCUAGUCCACCUCAAAUGUAGUGUGCUGUAUGACACAUUGGAAAUGUUUGAUGCUUUCAACUAUCAUUAUAACUAUGCUUUGAAUACAGAUAUAUUCUCUUUAACUGCUCAAGUACAAAAUCAAGAAGAAUUGUAUUCAUGGAAUAAAAAUCAAAAGUUACUAGCCUCAUCAACCAAAAGUCAUUUACCAGACAGUAUCACAUUUAAAGUGGAUUGUUACAUUAAAAUUGCAGAGUUAUUUAUUCAGCUUAAGAAUUUUUCAAAAGCGUUAUAUUUGCUACAAGAAGCUCAAACUAUUGCUCGCACUGUUGAAUAUGAAGAAGCAAGUGCAAAAAUUGAAUACCAUUUGGCAUUCAUAUUUUAUAAUCAGAGAGAUUUGUUAAAAGCUAUGACUUUAUUAAGCAAUCCAGGCUUCUCAUCUACUGAUACUUGGUUCAAAAGAGCUCUGCUAAUUGUUGAUUUAGCCAUUGACGUUUCCAGGACAUUUUGUUUAUCUCAAAAAAUUCCUUUUUGUAACAAAAAAAAUUUAGUUGUGAAGUCUAAAUUCUACUUAAAAAAUGUUGAGGAAAAAAUACAAAAAAUGGAAAGUUCAUUGAGAGCAUAUGACUAUAAUUUUAUGAGAGCACGUUUAACACUAAAGCUAGGUGACAUCUUGCAUUGUGAAUCAAUAGAUUGUUUAGAUGAACAAAAAGUUGAGCUUCUUAUUCAAGCACAUUUUAAGUACCAAGAAUCUUUGAAUGCUCUCAAUCAAUUAGGUUUUAAAAAUGAAAGUCUUCAGUUGCAGGUGUUGAUGAUGAAGCUUUUUCAAGAAAUAGUUGAAUAUAACAGACAUAUGAAAAAAGAAGAGUAUUUAGAUUUUUAUUUUCGAGCAAAGAAUAUUUUUGAAGAAAUUAGAAAUUUUGCAAUUGCAAUUGGUAAUUUUGAAUUAGAUUCUAUUCUCCUUCCAGUUCACCGCUAUUUAUUUUCUUCAUAUUCAUCUCUUUCUUCCAUUAUGAAAUUUAUAUUAGCAAUAGCUAUCAAUGAAUCUGUUCAAAAGCGUUUAGUAGAAGAAAAGAAAUCAGCUAUUGAUCAGGUGAUAGAUAAAUAUGUGGACUUGCAACCAGAAAUUUCACAGUUUGAACAAUUGUGGUAUGAUACUGUUCAAGAAAUUGUUGCUACCUCAGUCAAUAUUUCUCAUUCAUUGUUAGUUUCUUGCGAAAAAUUAUCUUAUCAGUAUGUGGAAACUCUUGGAGAGCUUGGGCAGUUACUAAAUUAUGUUUCAAAAGUGAAAACUGCAAAUUCUUUUUCUAGUUUUGAAAUAAAUAAGAAAAAGCAAAGAGAUAUUUCUCAAUAUUAUUCCUCUCUUGGUUUUUUUGUUUCAACAGCAUCUCAGAGUAUGGAAUACACAAUGGCAGCUAUUUAUUAUGGAUUAGAGAAAGGGCAUAUUGAAAUAGUCAAAAAAACAUCCUUUCAUUUACUAGAAAGUAUUGGGCACAGAGACUCAUGUGUGGCUCUUCAGUUGUUGGCUUUGCAUCAGAGUUGCUGUUUUUCACUUUACAUGAGAAAAGUGUUAAAAUAUGUUUUUGAUAAUGCAACACACUCAGCUAGUGCCUUGGCUUUCAACAUCAUGGAGUAUUCUCAAAAAUGGUUUGAAGAACCUCCUUAUGGUUUUAUAAAUGAAACAAACAUCAACAACUUAAAUAAAUAUGAGUGGUGGCAACGACUUUCAGUCUCAAAGAACCAUUUCCAACUUUUAAAAGAAAUUCCUUUCAAAAUUACAUAUCUAAUUCUUCAACACUCUCCUGAUUAUAAAUAUCUUUAUGGUGGAGUCUUUAAUGGUGGCACAGCAGGAAAGAAAAAAGAUGGUUUGCAAGAAACGUUUACUGGAUUUUUAUCUCGAAAUGAAACAAGUCAUGAAUUACUUAACAGCAUGAUUGAGAUGUCUGCAGAAUUUACAACUUUUAAUAUAGAAUUUGUAAAAAAGUACCCAAACAGACAUAUUUCUCCAGGUGUUUUUUUAUCGGAAGAAGUUAGCAACAAGAAAAACUUGUUAGAAGAACAACAUCGAAUGUUAUUUGAAAAUCUUAUAGCUGUUAUAGAAGCAUAUUUUGGAGAUAUUUUAACGCAGUUUGAGAAAUUUUUAAGUAAGGAGAAGGAAACGAUUAUCAUUAUCUUAGCUGAUAAAGAUUUAUUGCAACUUCCUUUGGAAGCAAUGAGUGUGUUUAGCAAUCAGAAUAUAAAAUCAGUCACAAGAGAUUUUUCACUUCAAAUCCUAUACCACAGAUUAAAUCCACGCAUCCCAAUGAACGAGAAAAAAACAGAUGCAGUGAAAACAGUUCAAGAUACAAAACAAAAAUCUAAAACAUCACCAGCAACAGUCAAGGUUUCAGGAACUUUUAGAAUUGAAAAAGAAAACAUUGCCCUUGAUCCCACAGUUUUAAAAUACCUAGUUGAUCCAUUUGCAGAUACAGAUAUUGGGUUGACGGAUCAAACAAUUAAAGAUUCGAACCAUCCUGAAGUUGUUUUUAAAGAAAUCAUAUCUGAACAAAAGCAAAAGACAAGCAAAUGGAUUGGAAUAAAAGGCUCAGAAAAAACAGCAAAUGUCAAAGAAAUUCAAAUGCUUCUUAACACUUCGUUUAUCUUUCAUGGUUUCGGCCAAUUUUUUUCGGUAGUUCCUCCUUAUUACGUUGCUCCGUUAAAUCUUACCAAUUCUUAUGUUGCAAUGUUGUUCGAUUUAGCGCAAGGAAAACGGAGUACUUUAGUGCAGCAACCUUUUGUUGGAGAGAAUUUUUCAGGUGAUUUAAUGGUUGAAAAUCCCGUUAUUACAUCGGCUAUCUUAUCUAUAUGUGGUACAGCAACCGUUAUUCUAAAUCAGUGGACAACUAGUUUGGAUACAAACAAUAAGCGGUUAAAAGUUAUUGUUGGAGGUUUACUGAGUUCCAACAGCACUGUUGGAGAAUUGAUUCGCUCUCUUUGUUUAUGUAAAAAUGUCGAAACUAAUAUCGAAAAUAAUAUUGAAACAGAGAAAUCAGAUAACAUUUAUUUUGAAAACCAUGAACGUUUUAAUAUGGUAUUAUAUGGACUUCCUAACUUCCUUAUGGGUUUAUAAAAAAAUACUUUAAAAAUAUAACUCUUGAAAGGUUUGAGAAAAGCAUAAUGUUCUAUAUAUAAGUUGAUGUUUUUCUUUCUUUCUCUUUCUGUUUAAAAACCUAAUAUCUUGCAUAGCCUUUAUUUUUUACACAAUAAAUCUCUGAAUAAAUUAAGUUUCUAAAAAACUCACUAUUAAAAACUAGUUACCAGAUUACUUAAUGAUGAUGUUCUGUUAUUUAAUGAUUUAUUAUUUAGUUAUUUAAUUAUCCAGAUAUAUUAUAUACCUUUAUUGAACACGUUCUUCAAUAA